AUGAGUAAAUCUUAUCAAAAAAAUCAUUCUUUUGGACAAAAAAUGAAAUCUAAAAUAAAGAAUCCAAAUUCAAAAAAAAAACAUAAUAAUUAUCAAACUUUUGAAGAUGAUAGGGAAAAUUUAAUAGAAGAAUUUCCUUCAGAUAAAACCUUAAAAAAUAAUCAGAUUUUUGCUCAGGAAAUAUCACUAAAUAAGCUAUCUACAUUACAAAGAUCUAUUCUGGAAACUUCAAAUAUUUCUGAGAUUAAUGAAUAUUAUGAUAAAAAGGAGCUAUUGGAUAAUUAUAUUGAUAAUAAUGUGGAACAAAUUAGUGAUAAAACUAAAACUUGUAAUAUAUCAAAUAAGAUGAAUGAGUUAAAAAAGGAUUAUGAUGGAGAGAAUGAAAAUGAUGUUUCUGUUGAUAUUUCUCUAGUUAAAACUGUUGAUUUGAAAGAAACAUGGUCACAAGAACGAAAAUUUUUUUUAUUAGAGAUUUCAAAAUUACAAGAGUCAUUGAAAACUCAAGAGAACCGGUUUAAUAGUGUUAUUGAAGAGAAUGAAAAGAAAUUGGAGACUGUUCUAGAUGAAAAGCAACAGCUUGAAUUACAAUAUCGUAGUUUGUUAGGAAAAUUAUCCUCAAUAAAACAAGGUCUUGAAGAGAAAUUAAAGGCAGAUUCUGAAGAUUUGGCUUCUACAAAAAGAACGAUAGAAGAACUUAAAAAGAAAAAUUCUACUCUUUUAGAGGAAAUUUCUUGCUUGAAAAAAGAACUUAUUGAUACGAAUAAUGAUUGCUAUAGAAAAUCAAAAGAAAUUACUGAUUUGCAUGAUAAAAUUGAUCGAUCAGAGAGGAAUUGGAUUAAUGAAAAAGAUAUGUUAUAUAAACAACAGUGUAAUUCUAUUGAGAAUCUUGAAAAAUAUAAAAAAAUAUCUAAAGAUUGGAAAGAAGUAGCAUUAGAGGAGAGAAACUAUAAAGACGAUUUUAAAAGGAAAGUGGAUUAUCUUGAAGAAAGAAUUAAAGAAUUUGAAAUUUCAUUAAAACAGAGUCAAAAUUUAAAUAAUAAGCUUAGAAAAGAAAAUGAAGAAAAUAAUCAACUAAUUGAUGAAUACAAAAUAAAAAUUAAUAAGAUUAAUGAGGAUUAUAAAAGUGAUCUUAAUGAGGCUACAAAUGAAUUACAUGUGAAAAUAUCUGCUCUUAACGACAAAAAUACUCAAUUAGAAGCUCAAAUAAAUGGUUUAGUUCUUGAAGAUGAAAAAAAUAAAAAGGAAAUUGAAAGACUUAAAGUAUUUGAAAAAGAGAUUAAAGAGAAAAAUUUACUUAUUGGUAAAUUAAGACAUGAAGCUGUUAUUUUAAAUGAACAUCUUGUGAAAGCUUUAAAAUUAUUAAAAAAAAAUGAUUCAGAAGACAAUAUUGAUAAAAAACUUGUUACUAAUCUUAUUUUGUCUUUUAUUACUCUUCCAAGGGAUGAUACAAAACGUUAUGAAGUUUUGCAAUUAAUGUCUGCAUUUCUUCAAUGGACAGAUGAGCAAAAGGAGCUUGCGGGAUUAAUACGAUCAAAAAAUUUGUCAUUUAAAGAUAUUUUAUUCGGUUCUAAUAUUUCUUUAACACCAUUAUCGUAUAAUUCUUCAAAUUUUAAUUAUAAAUUUCAUAUGGACCAGGCUUUAUUUGAUAAAAAAUCAAUUUCUGAUCUUUGGAUUAAUUUCCUCCAAAAUGAAACAUCUAAAAAUCCUGAUUUAAACUAAUAAUUUAAAUAUUACGAAUGUGCCUUAUAUCUAAAAUACAUAUUUAUU